GCCAGCCAGUCAAACAGAAAGUCACCGUGGCCUGAAAUGUGACCGUGUGAAGCGGCUGGUUGGAGGGGGGAACGCGUAGAAGGUGCGCGGAUCAGACCUGCGAGGCUCCCCGCUGUUUCCAACCCGCAGUGUAAAUCUGGACUUUUCUUCAUGCGCUCUUCCUGAUGUGGGGCUAGAGAACCAUGUUGGAGCCUCCGGAAUCCUGCCCCGAAAUUGCGGAGUGGCUGUCCAACCUCCGCCUGACCCAGUACACCUCCUGUUUCCAGCAGGGAGGCUACCGAUUCCUGAAAGACUGCAAGGACCUGACGGAGGAUCGCCUUCUGAUGCUCAGGGUUCUUCCCACAGGCCACCGCAGAAGAAUCCUCCGGAGUCUGGAAGCGUUGGGGGUGAAGCAGGAGAGUGAAGAGGAAGACGACAAAAGCCCGGGGAGUAGAAAUGCGCGCCGGAAGCCGUUGCCACACCCGAGACACAUCUUUCUGAAAGACAUAAAGAGAGGGGCGUCGUUUCAGCAUCCGCCUCCAAACGAAAGGACGGAGUGUGAAUCGGAGGGGAGUCAGACUUUACCUCCAGGAGCAGGACUGGGAACAGAUGAAGCUGAGGACCUGCCGGAGAGCAGACAUGCCGCUCUGCCUCAGCCGGCUCCUCGUAACAUUCGGAACAGACAGACGUCUCUGGCUGCAUAUCCCAGCAUCCCACUGUCCACACACACCAGCAGCAGCAGCGGUGGCAGCAGCAGUGAUGAGUCUUUCUCUGCCUCUGAAAUACCUUCAGACUGGGAGAUAUCCGCAGAAGGCCCGACGCCUUCCAGCACCGGAGUGGAAGAACCUCUCUACUCGGUGACCGAAGACGAAAGUGGCUUUCAUGGUGAAAUGGUUGAAAACUCAAUAUAUGAGGGACAGGAAAUUCUCAAGGGUCCUAAAGGACCAAAACUGACUCGCUCUUACCGGCUGAGGCACCGGCCGGUUCCUGAAAUCCCCAGUCAGAUCGCAGCACUGCUUCAGGACAGGAGCGCACCACCAGCGCAAACAACCAGCCCCGAACACCUAACCGGCUCCGAAGGUCCCACCGGUGCAAACGGCAUACAGAAAGCUCCACUUCAAAGAGCCUUGACGCCUAUCGCUCCCUACGGAGAGACAUUCCUGUACAACAGCCCUGAAAGUGCUGCGGUCCAGGGUGCGAAAGAAGGGCUGCAGAAGGGCUUUAAGGACAGGAUAAAACAGAAGCAGCAGAGAAAAAAAGCACCCAAACCGAUAGAGUCCAAGAAGAAGCCGUGCCCACCGGCGCCAGCUGUCCCGGACCCGUACGAAGAAGAGUACUCCACUCUGGAGGAGUGCGCCGGCAUUUUGCCACAGCUGUGUCUGGACCAAGGUUUUGCUUCCGACGCUGCAGCAGCAGGACCGCCGGCCUCCGGCUCCAGAGACGAGACCUCGACCAUGGUGGAGUGCGACCUCUACUCCCAGCCUGCAGACGCCCUCGGGGGCGUCGCCAUAACCGAACUGCCCGACAUUUCCCCCUACGCCUGCUUCUACGGAGCUCCCAAACACCCGGUGCUCAAAGUGGGCUGGCUGGACAAGCUGUCACCUCAAGGAAAUUGCGUUUUCCAGCGGAGGUGGGUGAAGUUCGAUGGCGAGAGCCUGGCGUACUACAACAAUGACAAGGAGAUGUACUCCAAGGGUAUGAUCUUCGCCAGUGCAAUCAGGCAGGUGCGUGGCCUGGGAGACAACAAGUUCGAGGUCGUCACUCUCCUCCGGACGUUCGUCUUCCGGGCUGAAAGAGAAGGGGAUCGUCACGAGUGGAUGGAAGCUCUUCAGACGGCCACGCGCCUCCCCGCCCGCGGCUCCCAGAAGCGCUCCGACAGCCUCCUCCUCCUCCACCCCUCCUCCACAAACAAGAGAGGCCUGCUGGAGCUCCGCGGUUACAAAGGCAGAGUGCUGGUGUCCCUGGCGGGGAGUAAAGUCAGGCUCUGCAAAACAGAACAGGACUAUAACGCAGGGCUGGCCAUCGCUGAAGUGGAACUGACUGCAGCAAAUAUCCGAGACGUCGACCGCAAGGGCUUUGAAGUCAACACACCCUUCAAAAACUUCUGCUUCGUGGCCGAGUCGGAGCAGGAGAAGGAGGAGUGGAUUGAAGCGGUCCAGGAAUCGAUCGCCGAGACGCUCUACGAUUAUGAAGUGGCGGAGAAGAUCUGGUUCAACGAGGCCAACAGGAGCUGCGCCGACUGCCACGCCGCCGAUCCGGAGUGGGCCUCGGUCAACCUGGGCGUGGUCAUCUGUAAGAAAUGCGCAGGACAGCACCGCUCCCUCGGCCCGAGUCUCUCCAAAGUGCGGAGCUUGAAGCUGGACAGCAGUAUCUGGAGCAACGAGCUGGUGGAGCUCUUCCUGGAGGUGGGCAACAGGAACGCCAACAGUUUCUGGGCUGCUAACCUCCCCCUGGAGGAAGAUCUGUACAGCGGGGCGUCCGCUGAGCAGCGAGCCACGUUCAUCCGCAGGAAGUACAGGGAGCGGAAGUACCGGAGGGUCCUGGAGGGCUUUCAGGACCUGGAGCAGCUUAAUCAGGCGCUGUGCGAAGCUGUGGAGUCGGCUGACGUGCUGCAGACCAUGGCGCUGGUGUUCAGUGGCGCAGAUGUGAUGUGCGCCACUGGGGAUCCAACCUACUCCACCCCGUACCUCCUGGCUCAGCGCGCCGGGCAGAAGCUGCAGAUGGAGUUCCUGCACCAGAACAAGCUAUCUGACUUCCCAAGCCUUGAGCCGUGGUCUGACAACGCCUCGCUGUCCGACGCCUCGCUCUUCAUGGAUGGCUUCCUCUACAUCUCCUCCGGCCUCGGCAGGGCCACGCCGGAACGCCGCGGACGAGACGACAUGACGCGCCGCUGGUGCACGUUGGAGGGCGGAUUCCUCAGCUACUACGAGAGCGAGCGCAGCCCGUCCGCCAUCGGCCGCGUGGACGUCACGGAGGUGGUCAGCAUGGCGGUCGGCACCUCCGAGACGAUGACCGGAGCUGGGGCCGUGUUCACGGUGGAGCUGUACCUGCAGACGGAGCGGCUGCUGACCGUCGGAGCCGAAACGCAGGAGACGCAGCACGACUGGAUUCAGGCGCUGACAAAGUGCUUCGUCCCGGCCAAAGUGGAGGGCUUCGUGCGGAAAGACAGCGAGCUGAUUGGCAGGCUGCACUACAAAGAGGGUCACGACCUCUACCACUGGAGGCUGGGCUGGUUUAUGCUGGAAGGCUCUGCCCUGCACUUCAGCCCGGGAGAGGAGGAGGGAGAGGAGGAGGUCCUCCAGCUCAAACAGCUCCAGGAGCUCACCGUCUCCACGCACACCGAGGGUGAGGACAAGAUCCAAGUCCUGCUGAUGGUGGAGUGUGGAAGGACCGUUUACAUUCACGGCUUCAGUAAGAUGGACUUCACUCUCUGGCGCUCGGCCAUCACACUGGCUGCCGGCACAGAUGGGAAGGCGCUGAGCGACCAACAGCUGACUAAAAAUGGUGUUCCCAUUAUCGUCGACAGCUGCAUUGCCUUUGUCACUCAGUAUGGUUUGUGCCAAGAGGGGGUGUAUCAGCGGCCGGGGGACCCCGAUCGAGUGGCCCUCCUGCUGGAGGAGUUCACCGCCGAUGCCCGCAAUGUGAAGCUGAGAGAGAAAGAGCACCAGCUGGAGGACGUCACCGACACCCUGAAGAGCUUCCUGUCCCAGGCCGAGGACGCUCUGCUGACCAAAGAGCUCUAUCCCUACUGGGUGUCGGCCCUGGACGAAAAGGACGAGAAUCGGAGAGUAAAGAAGUACUCCACUUUUAUCGAGAAUUUGCCGAAGAUCAACAGGUCGACUCUUGAAGCCCUGCUGCAGCAUCUGUACAGGAUUCAGCAGUGCUCCCACCUCAACCGGAUGCCGAGUGAAAAACUGGCCUCCGUUUUCUCCUCCUGCUUGUUCCAGACUCAAGGACAAACCCCUCAGGAAAUCAGCGUGGUCCGCGAUCUGAUCAACAACUACGUUACCAUCUUCAGCGUCAAUGAAGACCAAGUGCAACAGAUGGAGAGAGAGAAUAGUUUCAUCACGCGCUGGAACGACAAGAAGGACACCACUUUCUCUCCAGCUGGGGACUUGAUCUUCGAGGUAUACCUGGAAAAAAGAGAGCCGGAAAAUUGCUGUUUAAUCAAGGUCUCACCCAGCAUGCGACCCACCGAGCUUGCGGAAACCGCUUUGAGCAUGAAGAACAUCAAAUUUGACGCGGGCGACUGCUGGACCACCUUUGAAGUCAUUGAAAACGGCGAGCUAGAGCGGCCGCUGCACCACAGUGAGAAGAUCCUGGAGCAGGUGUUGGAGUGGAGCACCUUGGACUUUCCCAGCUCUGCUUUUCUUAUUAUCAAGAAAUUUGCACAAGCCAAAGAAGCAGCCGAUGGGCAAGCAGACGAGAGGAAGUCUGUUAAAGGCGACCAUCUGAAAUUCAGCGACGGAUCCUCCAAACUGCUGUCGGGGCACAAAUUCCAGGACAAGUACGUCGUCCUCCGCUCGGAGAAGCUGCUGCUCUACCGAGAUAUCAAAAGUGCCAAAGCAGAGAAAGUGAUCCAGCUGCAGUGUGCGAAAUGUUACCUGGGCCUGAAGAAAAAGCUCAAACCUCCAAAUAGCUGGGGAUUCACAAUUUACACUGAUAAACAACAAUGGCAUUUCUGCUGCGACGGGAGGGAGGCGCAGGUCGGCUGGGUGACGGACAUCAUCAGGAUGAAGUACGGAUCUGAUCUGUAUCUAAACACCAUCAAUGCAGAAGAAGAAGAAGCAGCUGCAGAUCAGAAAUCCUCCAGAAGGGGAGCUGUGACAGAAAACAGGCCCGCCUGCCGGAUUCCGCCUGUCAGCCAAAAGCUGACAGACAGGAGGGUUUCUCAUGGCGAAUUCGACCGGAGGGCCAUCAAGGACGCCGGCGCACACCUCAAGAUCAACUCCUCGGCCAGCUGCCUGAGGCCCAGCGACCUGCUCAAAGCCCCGGAGAUCCCCUUCAGGAGGGCCUCCGUGGAUAUCUGCCCGCCUCAGCGACUCCCCUCGCCGUCCAUUCCCAGACGGCCCCUCCCCCCGCAGGCCGGCUGCAAGACGGCCGGCAAACGGCCCGGCGCGGGUCAGGGGGCCAUGAUGCCCCCGAAUCUGCUGAACGAGCUGAACUCCGUCCUCAACAAGACCGGGCGCAGUGCGAAGAGCGGCGACUGACGGGGUGGG